UAUUUAACACAAAAGAGAUUGGAACUAUUUAAAAUAUGGAUAGUUUUUUUGGAUAUAAAGAAAUACAAGCAUUACGAAACCUAAUAUCCCCUUCGAAGGACGACUCGGAUUCUGAAGAAUUGUAUCAAAAUGAAGUAAAGAGAAAAGGUCCAGGCGAUAUAGAAGUUCAGAAAGAUGUACUUUUUAAUAAUUUAAAGCCACACACUCCUCUUGAAGAAAAAGAUGACAUUUGGCAUUCAUCGGAAAUACACACUCUUCCUAUAUCUGAAAUAAAUGAUCCAAGGAAAGUACCAGACUAUGAAAUCAAAUUUAAACAAUCAGUGAAAACAGAAGAUAUUUUUUUAAAUAUGGGUUUUAAAACACCUGGCACUGCAUCUUGCGAAUGGAUUUCCGUGUUAAUAAAACUUCCUCAAGAAGUUCAAGAGAAAAUUGAAUUGUCCGUUGAAUCAAAGAUAGUUGAUGUGCGUAGUCCUAAAUACCGAUUGCAUCUUCCAACACCUCAUGAAGUAAAUCCUAAUGCAUCACAUGCAAAAUGGCAUAACGAUACGGACACAUUAGAACUCACUUUACAACUCGUACGAGAAUUAGAUGACAUAAACUUUUAAUAAGUACACCAACAUAAAAAACAUUUAAUUUGGAUUAAGCCAUUGACUGCCACGCAAAUUUAGCGCGUCUUGCCCUGGACGCCACACUUUUAUUUUUAAGAAAACAUAAAGUUUUACAAAGUAUAAUAAUAUUAAGUUACUGAUAUAAUAUAAUAAAAAUUGAUAAGUAAUAUGUCCUCUACACUAUACACAUUUUUCAUUCAUCCUUUCUAAUAAUUGCUAACUGAAAUAGCCAUCUAAACUUGCAGCACCUACUACGAGAUAUCUCGUAGCUGGCAGUUUUGGUACAGACGCUUACUGCGAAAUAUCUCGUAGUUGGCAGUCAAUGGGUUAAAUAUUAGUAGGAUACAAUAGGUGAAAAAGAGAAAGAGGAACAAAUACAAAUAAACAAUAUUUGCGUUAUUUAUGAAACUUUAAUUUUCUUCUCUGUACCAAUGAAAAUACUCUUAUACGUACAAGUAAAAUUAAAAUUGAAAAUUGCGUUUUAACUAUAAUAAUACUUACAGAUAUAAUUGUAAAAUUACUUCUUUUUUUUAAAUAAAAAUUAUGACUAUUGCUAAUA